CCAGUAGCUGCUGGAAACCCAACCCCAGAGGGAGGGGAAACAAGAAGCGUUCCUUCCUGAGCCACUGAAGGGAUCCUGCGAUUAAAUGCAGACACAGUCGUGGACUGAGUAUUGAACCCAGGGCAGGUCUGAACACCAGCAAUUGGACUAACCCACUCUCAUGUUUUGCAGGGUCAGGCUUGUCAGUCGCUUACCUACGUGGAGCCCUGGCACCAAUCACAAGCUGUGGAAGCUGGGCUGCUUCCUGCCUCAGUGCUCAAAGUUGAGCUGUAGAGGAACCAAGAUGUCUGCAGGUCAGAGUCAGAAAGCUGAGACCUGGGACAAAUGCACCUUACUAGAGCUGAAGGUGCCCUUUGCCAGGACUGAAAUUGGGACCUUUUUCCAAGAGCAACCCAGGAUUGGAAACCAGUACCUAGAAGAUGCUUUUCUUCAGCGUUACUUGAAAACACACCUGCCAUUCCAGGUGCUGGAGAAGGUGAGUCUGGAUCUGGAGAGGUUUGGGGCCCGUGUGGCGGCCGAGAUUGACUCUCUGGGGCGUGAGUGCGAGUUGAAUCCUCCUGCACUGCAGCACUAUGAUGCUUGGGGGCGGCGUGUGGACCACAUUGUCACUUGCCCAGCCUGGAAGAGGAUGAAGGAGAUUGCAGCGGAGGAGGGGCUGAUCGCUGAGGCCUACGAGAGGAAAUACUCCAUCUGGAGCCGUGUGCAACAGGUUGCCAAGCUGUACCUAUAUGCACCUUCUGCUGGCCUCUUCACCUGCCCGCUGGCCAUGACUGAUGGAGCAGCUAAAGUCAUUGAGUCUCUGGGUAUUUCCGGGCCCCUAGCGAAAGCUUUUGGCCACCUGACAUCACGCGACCCCAAGAAGUUCUGGACCUCUGGCCAGUGGAUGACGGAACGCAAAGGAGGCUCUGAUGUUGCUAGUGGCACAGAGUCAGUGGCCAGAGAGCAGCCAGAUGGCACAUAUUGCCUCUACGGCUUUAAAUGGUUUACAUCAGCCACUGAUUCAGACAUGACGCUGACCCUGGCAAGGAUCAUGGAUGCUCAGGGACGUGUAGAACAGGGCUCCAGAGGCCUGUCCCUGUUCUUCUUGGAGGUGCGAGAUAAGGAGGGGAAGCUGAAUGGCAUUGAGGUGCAAAGGCUGAAGGAGAAGCUGGGGACAAGGCAGGUGCCGACAGCUGAGCUGCUGCUGGAUGGAUCCAAGGCACAUCGGAUCUCUGCAGAGGGUCGGGGUGUGGCCUCCAUUGCCAACAUGUUGACCAUAACUAGGAUCCACAAUGUCAUCUCUGCAGUGGCUGGCAUGAGGAGGAUGAUUAACCUGGCCAGAGAGUAUGCCAGCAAGCGUGUCGUCUUUGGGAAGCUCAUCAAGGACCAUCCCUUGCACAUGCAAACCAUGGCCCGGCUGGAGGUGGAAACUCGAGGGGCCUUUCUCAUGCUCAUGGAGAUAGCCAGGCUGCUGGGAUUAGAGGAGACCAAGAUGGCCAGUGAGCAGGACCUGCAUCUUCUCAGGCUGCUGACGCCAGUUGCUAAGCUCUACACUGGGAAACAGGCGAUUGCUGUUAUUUCUGAGGGACUGGAGUGUUUUGGAGGGCAGGGCUACAUGGAAGACACAGGCUUGCCAGUCGCACUGCGAGAUGCCCAGGUGCUGACCAUCUGGGAGGGAACAACAAAUAUCCUCUCACUUGACGUGCUGCGCUCUCUCACCAAAAGCCAAGGCCAGGUUCUAGAUGCAUUCUGCUCUGGAGUGCAGGGGAAGCUGGAGCUGGCUUCCAGCAUUUCAGAACUGGAAUCUUCUGUGCAGCUACUCCAGGAUGCUCUCCACAGGCUUGGCCAGUUCACUCAAAGAGUUGGCUCAAAGGGGGCAGUUGCGAUGGAGUUAGCAGCAAGAGACUUUGCCUACACUCUGGCAAGGAUCUACACAGGGGCUCUCUUACUCGAACACGCAGCCCAUCCUGAUGCCACCUCCACAGACACUUACACAGCUCAGAGGUGGUGCAAACAGGAUCUCUGCCCCGUAGACCCAGAAGAAAAAGCUGGCUGUUAUGAUGACAAGGCAGCUUCCAUGGAUACCUACUUGGUUUAUGAGGGAAGCCCAGUUUUGAAAGGAAAGCUAUGACUUAACUGAAGCUAACUGAGAAAAUCCAUACCUCACUUUGGAAGAGAAAUUGGAUUAUAAUCCUGGCCAGUGCCUGGUGCGUCCAGUACAAAUUGCAUUUGCUUAUAGUGUGCUUAAUAUUUAGGGUUAUGCUAAACAAAUGGGCUAUGACCAUCUAAGUAUCACCAAUGGUCUCUUUCAGGAGGUGUUGAAAAGAAACAUGCUUAGAAUGUUUUAGGGAAACACCUGGUGGUCAAAUGCAGAUAAUGAAUUGAAUAAGAAGACUCUGACGUGCUAAUGAGUAUUCUUUUCAACACUGAGACAAGGAAACAACCAAAGCUACAUCUGAAGCCUGGUCUAAAACACAGAUGUUGCAGAAGUUUAUAAAAUUGUUUUUUAGCUUUGCAACACCACUUCCCUACCCCCUCUCUGAGCCCACACCCUACAUCUGCAAUGCUGCCUCCAGCAGCUUUGUGUCAGUGGAGAGUUCCCCUCCACAAGGGCAUUCUCCACUGGCCUCUUUAGCCACCAGCAUCUGGUUCCAAGGCUGUAGUAUAAGUUGAGAACAUAAGUUCUGUCUACACUGUGAUGUAACCAGGUUUCUCAACCAGGGCUGGCUCUGGCUUUUUUGCUGCCCUCAGCAAAAAAGCCUCCCGCCCCCCCAGCGGGGAGCGCGCCGGGGGGAGGGUGGCGAGCCCGGCCGCGGCCCCGCUCUCCCCGACCGGCCGG